CUCGGCUGAUAUCCUGGCCCUUGACGUCUUCGUCUAAACUUCAGUUCUACUCUGUAUCAUCUCUAGGCACCCACUAGGUUCUACUUGUGUCACAGUACCUAGACAUAUCAAGUUUUCCGGACGAACGAUAACGACUCUUGCUCGCUUUUUCGAUUCUUCUUGACUAUGGAUCUGGGAGACCCCGACUCGAGCUUGCCGCGAUGACAGUCAACACGGAGCUCUGAAAUGAAAGGGCUAGUUAAGUAUGAGAAGAAGCCUGGGUCUGCCUGUGGCUGAAUUGGCGGAGAGACGUUUUCAAGCACGUGUCGGACCAGGUCUGUCGGACAAAGCCAAGAACAGCCGGUGAAGGUGGAAGCAGGUUUGGUUGCGUCACAUUCCAACUUCGCGUUUGCUUAAUGCUGCCAGGCAAUCAGCUCUUCCUUUCUAUGCGGUACGAUACUGAUGGGCGAUUUCCAAUUCAGUGUCUAACCGUCGAAUAACGUAGUUGCAACAAUUAUGUCAGGACUCGUCGAAAAGCUGACUGCUGAAGGGAGCGGUGAAUCAGCGGGUAAGACUAUAUGAUGCAGGUUGCAUUCUGAGCCUGUCCUAAACUCGACAGAGUUCUUGAACGAUAUUGUGAAGCUGUUAUGGCCAAACAUCAAUGCGGCCGGCAGCAAAAUGGUCAAAGAGAUCGUGGAGCCGAUGUUCAAAACCAUGCUUCCUGGCCCGCUGGCCACUCUGCACUUCACCAAGAUUGAUCUUGGCCCUGUCCCUCUACGAGUAUCAAACGCAAAGACAACAAAGACUGAAGAAGAUGGUAUCAAACUCGACCUGAACGUUGACUGGGUGGGCAAAGCCGACAUCGAAAUGGAUGCAGACAUGAUACCUGCCCUCGGCGUUGAAAGCGUGCAACUUCAUGGCAGGCUCUCCAUACUGCUAUGCCCUCUGACAAACAUCAUACCGCUAAUCGGAGCUGCCCAAAUCUCAUUCAUCAACCCACCAGUCCUGAAGCUUGAUUUCACAGGCGCUGCUAACGUGGCCGAUUUCUCGAUCAUUGACGACACCGUCCGCAAGGUGAUUCUUGGCAUCAUCAACUCCAUGUUCACCCUUCCAAACCGAUUCCUGCUGAAGCUUGACGCCAGCGCCGACUACUUCAAAAUCUACCAGUACCCGGUUGGCAUGGUGCGAGUGACGGUUGAGAAGGCAUGGGGCUUUGGAGAGGAGGCCAAGUCAUCCGCGAGAAAAUUGUUCAGCAAGUUAACUCGCGCCGCUCCAGACUGCUAUGCCAAGGUCGACGUGGGCGGAGAGGAAUCGUGGAAGACAGCCACGAAGAACAACACGAGCAGGCCGGCGUGGAACGAGACGCAUGACUUUGUGGUCAGUGAUCUGGAUCAGUGCAUCAAGGUGGCGGUGGAAGAUGAAGAUGUCAACGGAGAUGAUGAAGUCGGCCUUGCGGUGACAACGGUUCGAGAGAUUUUGGUGGCUGGAGGUAGCCAAGAACUGACAUUGGUCCACAAAGGCGAGGAAACGGAAGGCAGAGUAUCAAUCUCCUGCGAAUUCUUCAAGUACGUGGCCGAUGCCGGUAGCCUCACUGCUUCCGACCACAAAGGUGAUGGUCGCCUCUCCGGCAUUGCUACCAUCUUGGUUGCAAGCGCAUCCGGCAUAAAAGGCCAGCGUGAAGACUUGAAGCCAAGCGUGGUAGUGACUUGGGGCAAGACUCAACGAUUCCAGACGGCCAUCAAGACAGAUGCUCCCGGUACCGACAUCAGCAAUCCUGCAUUCGACCAGGCAUUCCGACUUCCCAUUACAACAGACUUGGUGGGUAGCAGUCCGGACAACUUUCGCAUUGCACUUCUGGACGGCGAGAAAGAGAUUGGAGGCGUUGAUAUACCUUUUGAGAGGGUGGCGGAUGCACCGGAUAAGACCCUUCAGCAGAAAUUUGACAUUGGUAAUGGAGCCACUGUCCGAGCCAGCAUUCGCCUGAGAGGCAUUGUUCCUGGAGAAAUGCCACAGGUAGCGCUUGCCGACAGACGCAAGUAGUGAUACGUCGAAUAAUAUGACGGCAUUCAUACAGAUACUUUAGACAGACGUUAAAUACUAGUAUCCCU